CAUUUCUAUCCACAGGCAGGAGAACGACCGACACCUAAAGGCAAACGAAGGCAAAAUCAUACUCGACCGCGCUGGCAAACGCGGCAGACGUCUUUGCUCCGUUACGUGGAAAAAAAAAACAUUCGAAAUCCGAAAAGAUAACAAAUGUAACGUGUCUGUGUUCCGUUUUCAAAAACGUUCAGUGCCAUAAAUAGUGAUGUUCUUGGUGUAAAAAUGGGUGUUGUUUUUUAUCUGUUUUUUGUGACGGUUUUUGUACCGUGUGUUUUUGGUCAAAAUGUGGCCGAUUGUUAUAGUGCUGGGAGUGUGGCCGGGGCUGCAAUAGGUGCGUUUUUGGGUGCACUUCUAUUGGUAGCAGCGAUUUUCUACCUAAGAAAGUUGUACUGGAAAUCCCGCAAAGGAAAGCACCUGGUCUUCUCAACGGACCCUGAGUCGGUCAAGGAUGAGUUCGCGUUUGACAACCCUGGCUUCCGGCAAGAGGAGAGGGCUUGGCAGCAUGAUGCACCUACCCUGCCUUUGGGCGGGAAACCUUCAGCUCUGCAAGCCGAAUUCACCAAAAUAGAUCAGAGCAAAGAUGACUCCCAUUUACACCGAUCGAGAAUCCGUCGCGUGAAGCUAUGGGCGCGGGACUUCACCGGCCUAGGGUUUAGAUGUGGUGGGGGCGCCAGGGAGGGCGUACACGUCCACUCGGUGCUGAGAAGCGGGCCCGCGGCGGCGGCUAAGUUGCAGCCUGGUGACAAGAUCAAAAGCAUAAAGAUCGAGUUCACCGGUACUCCACUAGAGGAUGCCGUCAGUAUACUCUCUCUGGCUUCCCCCUACCCCGUUGAGUUGGAGGUGGUGGAGGGAGGGCGGACCAGCGGCGCGGGCCGGGGGGUGCAACACCCUCUGCUGAAAAGGGCUGGCUCUACGGGCGACGUUAAUACGCUUGAAAAAGAAGCGAAACUACUUCACCCACCAAGAUCACCGAACACGUCCAACUCAAACAACUCAACAUUGGAAACAAAACACGGCAAAGCAGGCAUCAAGAAGAUAAUAACAGACAAAAUCGUCAAUACAACACUUGAGAGGAACAAGAAAGAAAGAAAAGAUGGCGCUCCGACAACGUUGGAGAGAGAAAACGAAAAGAAUAACAAGUUGGCAACAAAACCGAGACAUUCAGAUGUUCCAGCCGUUCCCAGCAAAACGGAGAAAAAUAGUAAAAAUAGACAUUCCAGUAGCAGUGAAGUUCAUAUAAUUCAGCCAGAUAACAUGUCUCACUUAGAACACGCUGAAGUCCAAAAAAGAGAUUAUGAUCCGAAACGUGGAAUGAAAUUUGGCAUUAGAGUUCUGCCACCUAACAUACCUGAUGAUGGAAUACUGAGGCAAAAGAGUGUCGAGAAUGGAGCGGUUGUCCCUGAAAAGGUAGCUUCGGAUGAAGUUGAUAAACCUGAACCUCAGAGACCUGCUCCUACAGCUCAAUUUAAGCAUGAGAAUGAGACAGAGCAAAAGAAACCAGUCAUUGCCAAGCGACGAGAAAAGAUGGCACCGCCUAUUCCUAAUGCUAGAGUAAAAUCAAAUGAAUCUGAUAUUAGUAGUAAUACAGAUACAUCAAAGACUUCAGAUAGUUCAUUCGCUAGAACUGACUUGAACUCCAGUGGCAUUAAGAGAGACGAAAAUGGAAUCCCACAAGAGUUACCUCAACAUAUGUUGGAUGCAGCUAAAGCGGCAAGAACUAACAGGAAGAGUUCGUCUGAGCUGAACAUUGAAAAAGAAAGAGUAGAACAUAAAAAAGAAGAAGCGCCUAAGCCUGUUAAAAAAUCAAAAGGCAAAGCGCCUUCUCCGCCUGAAACUGAGAAAAAUAAAACUGAUGACAGCAUACUCGAACAACUAAAGAAUGUCAAUGACUUCUUAAAAAGUGAAAAACAACAUUCCAGUAUUUUGCACGACGCGUCUUCCACGAGUUCAAAUAAAGCCGCAUCUUCUUUCAAUACAUCUACACCAAAGGUAAAUAAAACCAAAAGCAUUUCGCGUAUCGAAGAAUCCAUAAACUUUAGUCAAGACGAUAUUGACGAUAUUGUGUCUAAACCUUUCAAGCGAGAAAGCGAUUCGCUUAACAAUUAUUUCGAGGACUCCAAAUCUAAUUUGUCAUCUAGCCAUGAUAUUCACUCUGUUGUAUCUUUCAAUAAUAGCGAUAGAAGUGAAAAAGGUUCUACAACAAUUGAGUUAAAUAACAGUGACAUUACAAUUCACAGCUCUCCACUAAAUGACACUGUUCAUUCUGCAUCAGAUAAUGCUUCAAUUUUAGAUGAAAACGAGCGCAAAGCAGCGUCAUUGGGUGAUCUUUCUAGAUUUGAACUUAGAGCAAAAACCAGACAACCAUCAACUGGUACUCUAGAACGAGCACAAAGUUUAGACAUAUCAGCAGACGAUGCUGACAUCAAAGAAAGUACUCUUUCACCCAAAAAGAGAAAGGCUAUGUCCGUUGUUGAAACAACAUUUUUCGAUUCGGGAGCUGAAGAUGUACUACCAGAAAUGAUAGACUCUGAAAAAGGUAUGGUAAUAAAAAGCAAAGAACCUAGAUUGAGUUUAAAUCUGUCAAAAACAUCAGCUAUUGAAGGUCUGAAUACAUUUCAAAGAAAUCGUUUGAAAAAGGCUUCUGAAUUUGGUAAUUUGGAAGAUGCAAUAGUAAAGGGUUCCAAUAGUUCUGUAGAAUCUGAUAAAACUGAACAAGACACAAGCAACAAGAAGGCACAAUUUGAACUUUAUAAAGAUAACGAGCCACACGAAACAUCAGAUCAUCUUGCUCGAAGAAUGAUGGAUGAAAAUAUGAAAGUCCAUCUAAAACUCGUGUCAGAAUUCGCAAAGUCUACGUCAGAUGGUAGUAAUUUAAGCUCCCUUGAUAGCACACACGAAAUAUUACCGAUUUCUACUUCUAAAACUGAAAUAACUGGUACUCCAAUCAAGUUCGAAGAAAAGGUCACAAUGUCAUAUGAUACCAACAUUCCAGACGAUCUAAAAGUAUCUAGAAAUACAUAUGUAAACAGUCUAGAGCGUCCCAAAUCUGAUAUGAUGAAGAAAUUAUUAGCGAAAAAUCCAAUUUUGAACGUCCACAUUGAUCAAAGUCCCCAAAAAAAUGAAGCUACAACUAGUAAAGACAUGUCAUCACAAUUAACAGAUUCCUUCAAAUCUUCAAUGCAUCAACCUGAUAUUGUUAAUUUUGAUUUGAAAACUUCAGAACCUAAGUCAAAACAUACAGAAUAUGAUGAUUUUGUUAGCAAUAUUAAAGUUGGAUCUAACAAUAACAGUUUGAAACAUAAUAAAAAGCCCAGAUUGGAAGCUGUCUCUACUGAUUGGUCUGAACCUAAAGAUGUGCAUAGCAGUAACGUCGUCACAAUCACUACUAAUGAAAGAAAUCAACCUUCUCACCAGCAAAAAAUUAAAUCUUUUCAGUCUAUUGAGAUAGGUGAGCCCACGAGAGUAGUGCCAGACGUCAUUGAAGGAAUUAAAAGACGAAGUGAUGAAAGAGAUGGAAGAACACUUUAUAUGGAGCCACCAAAUAUGUCAAUCACAAUGACACAAGAGCCAGUACAAAAAACAGUAACAGUUAAUGUGGCAGAAGACGAAUACGGAAAUAAAGUUAUUACACAAAACGUGGAAAAGGUCUCUACCAAAUACAUCACAAGCAAAACCGAGGCACCUAUACAAGUGGAACAAGUGACGUUUGGUAUUAUGAGACAUUCAGGCAGUAUUGAUGAAGCGAUGCUUGAAGAAGGCAAUGUCCAGGAUAUUGACAGAAAGAUACUAGAUGAAAUAAGAAAACAGAAUCCAAACAUAGAAUUUACGUCAGAAGAACCGUCAUUUACAAAAACUGAGACAAUUAUUCUUAAUACGAAAGAUAUGAGCGAGGAAGAAGCAAAAGCAUUAAUGGAAAAGUUACAAAAAGAUCCCAAUUUCAUGUCAGACAAAACGCCAGAACAACUAUCUAGCAUGGGAAUAAGAAUAAUUCAGGAUUUAGAAGACGUACAAACUACAAGUGAAGACGUAACGGAACUUACUAAAACGAAAUAUUCCAUUAAUCCAUCGUUGUCACCACAACCUGACUCACAUAAAUAUUCAAAAUCCGCAAGUUCUAAAGACUCGGAAGCAGAUAAAGAUCACGUCAUGGAGAUACAAGUAGUAACGCCGAGAACGGAGAAAAUGAUGAGUCAGAAAUCAGAUUCGGCGAAAGAUAAAAUCGCUAGUAGACAAAGGGCGCCUCCUUCUUACCAAGAGCCCUCUUUAUCUUACGAACUGGAUAUCGAAAUGCUUAACGACUUUAUUAUAAACGAACAACACCACUCCGCUAAGCAAUUAGCUGAAGUGAAGAGACGAUCGUCGAGCCAGAGCGCAAACGAACCAAAGAAACGUCAUUCCGACUUCGAUUUACCGAGAAACAGUCAUAUCAAAUUCAGGACAGCAACAUACGAAUCGCCUAAAGGCACUAUAGUGACAAGUACGGAUUUGGAGAACCGAAGACUGUCGCAACUCGACCAGCAAUUGCGGUCGGAACAGCCGCCGAAUCAGAAGCCAGUUAUAUCAGCUAAGCCUAGUAACAUACCGGUGAAGGCUGAGAAGAGUUUCAAGCCGGUGGGCGUGACGGUGUCUUCGAAGAUUCCUGUUUUCAGUCAGAAAUCUUUGAGUCAGGAGAAUUUGACGGACAAAAGUUUCGCAUUACCUCGCUCCCCUCCACCCACGUUGAGUAGCAGCUCUGGGAAUAUAUCUGUAACGUCGAUCAAAAGUAGUUCGAGAAGUCCCAGCGGUGGCAGACUUUAGGAUAUAUCAGAAAUGUAUUUACACGAUAAACUUCCAUUAGAAUAAAAGAAUUAGAUAUUGUGAUACCAAUAUGAAAUUAUAUUUAUGUGUUCCCAAAUAUUUCGCCAUGAAUUAGAGAUAUAAUUUUAUCUUAGCUAUCUAUAGUACUUUAUUAUUUAUCUUGAAUGUUCAUGUUUUUUUCUCUAAGUAAUCUUCAUGGUUGCAAGUUACUUGAAUUUUACUAUAUUAUUGACCUGCCUUGUUCAAAAUUGUUUUAAUCUGACGAUAUAUUUGGGAUUUAAUUAUAUUUUAAUAUGUUUAUCUACUUCAAAUGAUAUUAUUUGAAAACGUUCUUAUUUGAAAUGUGCCUUUAAAAUGUAAAAUGAAAUAAUUUACUUAUUGUAAUUAAGAUUUUUAAUACUUUCGAUUGUUAUAAGAUCUUUUAGGUUGUGAAAUUAAAGUUCUUGUCACAAUUCAGAGUUAAUCAUAUCUACAUUAUGUUAUAGUCAUUUGUAUGUUUUGACAAAACAAAUAAUGAUGUACUUACCUGAUUUCUUAAGAAUUCCGUCCCAUGAGUAUUACCAUUUUUUUUAAUUAUGAUUAAGACAUAAGACUAUCUUGGUAUUUGCGGGAAUUAUACAAAUUUCUGAGCCAUUUAUAAAAUUAGUUAUAUAAAUGUUAGAGUUUUAAUGUAAGUACUUAUAUUUAUUAACAAUAUACAGGAGUUAAUUGUUGAAGUUGAAUUAUAUAACUUUUGUAUAAGAUGAAAUGUGAAUUACAAAAAAAUUAAUAAUAUCACAAUACAAAUUGUAUUUUAUUGAAGUAUGAAAAUAAAAGGAACAAAAUGUU